UUUCUGUUGGCGCUCCGACAAGGAGGGGUAGAGGAGAAAAAAGAGAGAGAGACAGAGACAGAGAGAGAGAGAGAGAGGAGCAGCUGGAUAGAGCGGUGGUUCGGUUCAGUUCAUGUUCAGUCUGGUCGCGGCGGUCGUGUGGAAUGGUCGUGUUGUGAUUUGUUCGUUGCCUGCGCGACUUUUAUUUUGUCACGUGCAUUCGUUCGUUCCUACCAUCGUCGCGAUUAUUCGUAGCCGUAGCGAAUUUUGCCACUGAUUCGGAUUAACAAUAAACGAGAGGACACUGUUGUUGAUUGAGUUUCAGUUCGUCAGAAAAUAGCGUGUUGAAUGUCCGGGCUUGCUGGCUGGAUCUUCUCUACAUAUAACCACAAUCAUGGUAUGACACACUGGAUUGAGGUAGCCAGCCUAUAAACGCCGAUUAUCAGCCACCGCCAUGAGCAAGCUAUUUCAAUUUCUGCUUCUCCUCCUGCUGUUGGGUGUCAAUGCCAGACGAACCGAUGGAGAGAGACCUGUGGAUGACGCAUACGAUGGCCAGCAGCAGCGUCGUGGUUCCGUUCACAAGUCGAAUUACAAUGGCAACAAUAACCAUCACAAUCAUCAAUCGAAUUCGCCAUAUUUGCCGUAUCAGCAGCCCAGAGAAAGGAAGCCCAAUAUCGUGUUGAUUUUGACGGACGAUCAAGAUGUCGAAUUGGGUUCGCUGAACUUUAUGCCGCGGACCCUCAGGCGAAUAAGGGAUGAGGGCGCCGAGUUAAGACACGCAUACGUGACCACUCCUAUGUGUUGUCCGAGUAGGAGCUCUUUGCUGACCGGUCGUUACGUUCACAAUCACGAGGUCUUUACGAACAACGACAACUGCAGCAGUCCCCAGUGGCAACGAGAUCACGAGCCUCACUCCUUCGCUGCUUACUUAAGCAAUGCCGGAUAUCGAACAGGAUACUUUGGCAAGUAUUUGAACAAAUACAACGGCUCGUAUAUACCGCCGGGAUGGCGAGAAUGGGGCGGUCUUAUAAUGAACUCGCGUUAUUACAACUACAGCGUCAAUAUGAACGGCAAGAAAAUAAAGCACGGUUUCGAGUACAGCAGGGACUAUUAUCCGGACCUGAUAGCCAACGACAGCGUGGCUUUUCUAAGGCAGAGCAAACACAAUUUCGCCCGGAAACCGGUUAUGUUAGUCGCAAGCUUUCCUGCUCCGCACGGCCCGGAGGAUUCGGCGCCGCAGUUUUCUCAUCUCUUUUUCAACGUCACCACUCAUCACACACCAGCAUAUGAUUAUGCACCUAAUCCCGAUAAGCAGUGGAUACUACAAGUUACGCAGAAGAUGCAACCUAUUCAUAAACAGUUUACAGAUCUUUUAAUGACGAAACGACUGCAAACUUUACAAAGCGUUGAUGCUGCCGUAGAUAGAAUUUAUCAAGAAUUAAAAGAUUUGGGUGAAUUAGAUAAUACGUAUAUUAUUUAUACAUCCGAUCAUGGAUAUCAUUUGGGACAAUUCGGGCUUAUAAAAGGCAAGAGCUUUCCGUUCGAGUUCGAUGUAAGGGUACCAUUUCUCAUUAGAGGACCUGGCGUCGAACCCGGAUCCAUAGUAGAUGACAUAGUUUUGAACAUUGAUCUGGCGCCGACGUUCUUGGAUAUUGCCGGCGUCGAAACUCCACCACAGAUGGAUGGUCGUUCUUUCAAGAAACUCUUUCUCAAUAGCAAGCAUGGUAGAAGGUCAAAGUUCAAGUGGCCCGAUACAUUCCUGAUCGAGUCCUCUGGCCGCCGUGAGAUUCCGGAAUCUAUCGCUGAAUCGAAGACGCGGGAAGCUAAGAGGCAAAAUGCUACGCAGGCUAAGCAGCCACCGAGCUCGACACCAGAAGAGGAUGAUGAUAUUCCUGAUGCAGAUGCGGAUGUUGAAGCGGAGCAUCGAUUUACAGAGAGUGACAUCGGAAGUGAUCAAGAUAUUUCUGACGACGAAGACCUUGAAGAUUCGAUUAUCGAUGAGACAAGUUCAGAUCCGCAUCUCGAUAAUAGGGUGCAUGCUAUGCACACGCCUUUCGCGACGAAGCAUGAACGUCUCGCGGCGGAGUGUUCGCGACCGGAAACACAGACCGAUUGUCUUCCUGGACAGAAGUGGCGAUGCGAGAGGGAUGGACACCGAUGGCGACGACACAAGUGUAGAUACGCGGUGCCGCCACCGCAAAGGGUGUCCAAGAAGUGCGCUUGUUUCACACCUCACGGGGUGAUCUACACGAGGCUCGAAUCCAACGAUUACGACGGACAAAGGUACAGUCCCCCGAGGGAUCGCCGACUCGUCCUUACGAGGGAUCUUUACAGUGACACGAUGGGAUAUUUCAACAAAAGAGGCAAGCGAGAAGUUGGAUUGGAUGAAGAAUUUAGCGAUUAUUUCGUGUUGGAAGACGAACGGGACAGGCGUGCGAUUGAUGAAGAAGAUGACGAAAACUUUCUUCAGGAGUUGGAUCUGUUGACACAGGAAGUGAAAGAAGAGUACGAGACUGCACGAUCUAGAAAUAAUAAUGAAAUCAGAUUCGACAUUUAUAAUGAUGAAAGCAACGGGCAAGAUAAACCUGCCGUCGACUACUUGGAUUACGGUUAUACCAUGAACGACUUCGAUCUCACCUUGGAUAAGGUCAUUAAAGGUCGGCUAAAUGUAGACGACGUGAUAAAAAGACACCGAAGGGUACGAAGAAGUGUUACGAAGAAGGAUACUAUAGAACACGUCACGAAGAUCAUGGAGAGCAUAAAAGAAGAAUUAGAUGACUUGAAGCAAACUCAAGUUCAUUCAUCUGAGAUAGACAAGACGCCAAAGUGUCUAGUUUUACCGGAAGGCGGCAUAAACUGCACCGAAGCUGUAUAUCAGGAUCCUAACGAAUGGCGGAUAUCGAGACGGGAGAUCGAGCAGCAAAUCCGGGAGAUGCGGAUGCAGCUGGAAACAUUGAAGGAGAUUCGCCGGCACUUGAUGAUUAAACGACCGCAAUUCACGGAUAACGAGGAGAAGCUCGCCGAUGCGGAAGAAACUCUUGAUUCGCGUAAGACUCAUCAUCAUCUGCCAAAGGGUCACGCGAGUCGUCAUCAUAAAAAACAUGACAAAACUACUCACACGACCGCGGAUCGCGACACGACUACAGAAUCCUCUACGAAGUUCGACACAACUCUAAGGAAUGAGAAAGUGUCGACGGUGGAAGGGAAAUUUGAUAAAGACAAUAUAACUUCUUUCGAGAUUUUUACCACCGAAACUGUUGUUGAGACGUCAACGGCGAUUUUAACGACGGUUAAACUGAGAAAAACGCCUCGUCGCCAAAAGAUUAAAGAAACAUCUGCAAACAGAACGGAAAUCGAAGAGGAUAAACCGCAGAGACGCAGGAAAGUGCAUCACCAUCGUAAAAACAACACGCUACUUACCAAUAGUGUUCAUGAUGACGUGCCUCGCGUGAAUACAACCGAUACCAGCGAUGUAUUAUCGUCUACCCGAGAUCCUACGACUAGCGAGAGGCAAACUUAUGGUCGACAAAAAUUCACGACUGUUCCUACUACAAUUGCGGAAACAAGUCUCAUGAGACAAGAAUUUGUCGAUGUAUCCAGGAUCAGUAGCGACUUGAAUCAAGAUCAUAUUACGGAAUCAAUUCCGGUUAGUGAAUUGGGGACGACUGCAACGAUGACUUCGAUACACACGACAGAGAACAUACCAAGACCCAGCGCGACCAUCGGUAAAGGUUCAAAUUCUAAUCGAUCUCGAAGUACAUCCCUAACAAUACCGACGACUACGCCCUUGCCAAGGAAGUAUUCCAAGAUGCAGAGGAACAGGACGUCGGGGGUUCUCGGGCCAGCGAGAAUAGACGUUACUAUCCUCGAAGCUCCCGACAGGAAACAUAAACAGGGUAUAACUGCAAGUAAUAACGGCCGUUUACCGCCGAUAAUGAACACCCCUCUAGAAGCUCGACACAAGUGCUACUGUGCGCCAGACACGAAGAAAGACGAGAAGGAACUGGCUAGAGAGGAGAGACGCAGAUUAAAGGAGGAGCGUUUAAAAAAGAAGGAGCGAAAGCUUAGAAAAAAGGCUAAGCUGGAGAAGGAAUGUCUGACAGAGAGAAUGAAUUGUUUCGAGCAUGAUAACGAUCAUUGGCGUACCGCGCCUCUAUGGAAUGCGGGACCAUUCUGUUUUUGCAUGAAUGCUAAUAAUAAUACAUAUUCCUGCAUACGCACAAUCAACGUGACGCAUAAUUUCCUUUAUUGUGAAUUCACAACGGGAUUAGUGACGUAUUAUAAUUUAAGAAUCGAUCCAUUCGAACAGUGGAAUAGAAUAUCGUCUUUGACAUCUCCCGAAAGAUCAUAUUUGCACGAUCAAUUGGAGCACUUGAAGGGAUGUAAAGGUACAUGGGAUUGUACAGUCGGCAGCGCUAGGGAAGCCAUGCCACAAUUACAGCAACAUCAACGAUAUAUCUCGAAGAGAAAGUAUAGCGAUGCGUUUGAAGAUAUAUUUGUACCUUCGGCGUUGCAAAUUAUACGCGAAAGCGAACUCGGCGGCCCAUCGAAUAAAAGACGGAAGAAGUUACAAAAUUGGAACAGGCGCAAUAGAAGCUGGCAAAGUAGUUGGCGACAUCAUCAAGAUAUAAUGAAUCGACGUCAUAAUAAUAAACAUCAAUAUUGAUCAAUAUACCUUUUUUUUAUAUACGCUUUAACAACCGCGUGAGAAAUGCCUUAGGUAUACAUUAAUUUCGCAAUGCAUUUAGUAGCCUAAUUUAUUUAACGAUAAAUAACAAAGAUACCAUGGUGAUAUUUAAAUUAAUAAUAUUUCGACCCUGCGUAUUAGAUGUUCAUCAUCUGCAUCAUGCAUGUUUUCAAUGUAAUAUUUUGUGGCAACUAUUGAAUUUAGCUAUAGGAAUUUUACGUGCACUAUAUGUGGAGCACAUUUAAAUUUAUAGAUAUGUGA